CGAACGCUAGCCCCACCGAGUCACCAUGACUGCAGUAAAGAGAGACGGUUGGCUGAGGGGAGGGGAACCGGUGUCUGUUGGGACUGGCUUCUGAAGAAAAAUGCCUCGCCUCACACGCACACAGCAGAGCUGCUGGGACGCACCGCUCUUCUCCAUGGCUAAUAUUACACACAUCAUCUUACUUCUCCUCUACUGUGACACGAUACAUUCAGAGACAACCUCCCCGUCAGAAUUGAAUCCUUUAAUAACAAUUGGGAAAGAUUUGUCCGGAGGUCAAAGUCUUGUCAAAGUCAUUGAAGAACCUCCAGUCCUGUCACCCCAAACCAUUGAACUUUUAUGUAACUUGAGUGAUAUACCAAAUAACCCCCCGACCGUCACUGGUUACUGGACAAAAGAUGGACAAGAAAUUGAAAACUCAAAGGAAACUGUAAAUAGAAACAAUGAUCAGUAUAUCUUCAAAAAGACCAUACAGGCCGCAGAUGUGGGAAAUUAUUCAUGCGUCUUCAGAGAAAAUGAUGCACAAGUCACAUUUGUUUUUGAUGUUCCGGUAAUGAAAGACAAGCGAGACAAACCUAUAGUGAGCUACAUUGGAGAUACAGUUGUGCUCAAGUGCACACUUAAACAUACACCGAAGACCUGGAACUGGUACAAGGUGAAUAACACUGAAAAGGAUCUUAUAAACGUCACCGCCAGCCCUUUGAAGUACAAUAUCAUUAUUCAGCAAAACGUCACCAAACUGUCUGUACUGAAUUUGAUUGAGGCAGAUGCUGGGAUGUUCAUAUGCAGUGCUGAGUUUGAUAACAAACCCAUCGAGUCUUAUCUGGAGCUGAGGGUCUUGUCUUUCCUUGAGCCUCUCAAACCCUUUCUGGUCAUCGUGGCGGAGGUCAUUGUCCUGGUCACUCUGAUUCUGGUUUGGGAAAAAUGCGAACCAGGUCAAGACCACAACACUGCAACGACAGAGAAUGUUGAGUAUACCGAGCAGACCAGUAAACUGACUCAUAGCGACAGUAAUGGGAUGGAGACCACAACAAGACAAAGAAAAACGGAACAAUGAGAUUUUCAAGAAUCGGGAUGAAUGUUCUUUUACUUUUAGCUUUACUUGUGGCUUACCAGCAUAAGCAAUAAGGCAAUUAUUUGUCAAAGCAGUAUUUAUUCACAUCUUGAAUAGAUAAUAUCACAAGAUAAAGAGUAUAAGACAUGUCUAUCCCACUGUACUGUUGCAAGCAGUUUAAAGUUGACAACCAAAAUGAAAAACUAAAUGUAAAUGUCUGUGUAUUCUGCGUAGUGAUGUGUAUUCUGUUUAUUGGACAUCGAGUAAAUAAUAAACUAAUUAUGGGAUUUA